AUAUGAAUACAAAACAACCUGUGGCUGGCUUAUCUCUUUGGCACAAGUGCUCCCCUCAAAAUCAGCCAAUAGUUUUGCUUACUCCAAAAUUCUUCAAUCUCACUCUAUUCUCUCUUCACUUUUAGUCUAGCUUUUGUUGUUUUUUUUCAGUUUAAUCCCAUUUUAAGUGAAAAAAUAACAAAAACACAAUUUCAGUUUCUCAAUUCCAAGAAAUCCGGAGAUCUUCGUAUCUACUCUAGACUCAUUCCAGUGAACUGCUGAAUAUCCAUUUCCAGAUCGAAAUCCAUUGUGUUCCAAGUUGGAAAAAAAAAAGAAGAGGCUGAUAAGUUUCAUUGAAUAUAUUUUUCUGUAAAAAGGAAAAAUGAAAGUGGCGGUGAUAGGAAGUGGAAUAAGUGGAUUAGGAAGCGCCUACGUUCUUGCUACUCAAGGAGUCGAAGAACUCGUUUUGUACGAGAAAGAAGAGUCAUUAGGUGGUCAUGCUAAAACGGUGCGUUUUGAUGGAGUUGACUUGGACCUUGGAUUCAUGGUCUUCAAUCGUGUAACAUAUCCAAACAUGAUGGAGUUCUUCGAGAAUCUUGGAGUAGACAUGGAGAUUUCAGACAUGUCUUUCGCAGUAAGCCUUGACAAUGGCAAAGGAUGUGAAUGGGGAAGCCGCAACGGUGUGUCUGGCUUAUUUGCUCAGAAGAAGAACGCUCUAAACCCUUAUUUCUGGCAAAUGAUCAGAGAGAUCGUUAAGUUUAAAGAAGACGUUUUAAGAUACAUCGAAGAGCUCGAGGCUAACCCUGACAUCGAUCGAAGUGAAACCUUAGGAGAGUUCCUCAAUGGUCGUGGAUACUCUGAGAUGUUUCAGAAAGCUUACUUGGUUCCGAUAUGUGGCUCGAUAUGGUCAUGUCCAUCAGAUGGUGUUUUAAGCUUCUCUGCUUACUCUGUUCUUUCGUUUUGCUGCAACCACCACCUUCUUCAGAUCUUUGGGAGGCCACAGUGGCUAACUGUGGCAGGACGUUCUCAGACUUAUGUUGCAAAGGUUAGGGCAGAAUUGGAGCGACUAGGAUGCAAGAUCAGAACAAGCUGCGACAUUAAAUCUGUUUUGACAUCUGAUGAUGGUCGUGUCACUGUAACAAGUGGAGACGGGUCUGAAGAAGUAUUUGAUAAGUGCAUACUGGCUAUGCACGCUCCAGAUGCUCUGAGAUUGCUUGGCGAGCAAGUCACAUUUGAUGAAACUAGGGUUCUUGGCGCUUUCCGAUACGUUUACAGUGAUAUAUAUCUUCAUCAUGACACUGACUUGAUGCCGCGGAACCAAGCAGCAUGGAGCGCGUGGAAUUUCUUGGGAAGCACGGAAAAGAAAGUAUGUGUAACAUACUGGCUCAACAUACUUCAGAACCUUGGGGAAGACCGUGAACCGUUCUUCGUGACACUUAACCCAGAUCAGACUCCAAAGAAAACAUUGCUCAAAUGGACCACUGGCCAUCCUGUGCCUUCUGUUGCAGCUUUGACAGCCUCACAGGAGCUUCACAAGAUUCAAGGCAAACGUAACAUAUGGUUUUGUGGUGCAUAUCAAGGUUACGGCUUCCAUGAAGAUGGACUAAAGGCUGGUAUGGCGGCUGCACGAGGUUUGCUAGGGAAAGAAGCAGCUCUUCUGAACAAUCCAAGACAUAUGGUUCCUUCUCUAACCGAAACAGGAGCACGACUUUUUGUUACUAGGUUCUUGGGACAGUUCAUAUCAACUGGUUGUGUAACGAUACUGGAAGAAGGAGGAACAAUGUUCAACUUUGAGGGAAAAGAUCCUACUUGUCCUUUGAAAUCUGUCCUCAAGAUUCACAGUCCUCAGUUUUACUGGAAGGUUAUGACACAAGCAGAUUUGGGACUUGCAGAUGCUUAUAUCAAUGGAGAUUUUUCAUUCGUUGAUAGAGACUCAGGACUUUUGAAUUUCAUGAUGAUUCUCAUUGCCAACAGAGAUCUUUCCUCACCAAAGUCAAAUCUUGCUAAGAAGAGGGGAUGGUGGACACCAAUGUUUCUAACUGCCGGUGUAGCAUCUGCUAAGUAUUUUCUAAAGCAUGUCUCUAGACAGAACACUUUAACACAAGCUCGCAGGAACAUUUCUCGUCACUAUGACCUUAGCAACGAGCUUUUCGGUUUAUUCUUGGAUGAUACCAUGACUUACUCCUCUGCAGUAUUCAAGGUGACCAUAAAAACAACUCCCUCUUUUUUUACUUCUCUUACCUUGCUUAUGAUUCUGACUUCAACCUUUUGUUUACAGUCAGAUGAUGAGGAUCUGAGAGCUGCUCAGAUGAGAAAAAUAUCUCUUCUAAUUGAUAAGGCGAGAGUAGAGAAGCACCAUGAGGUUUUGGAAAUUGGAUGUGGAUGGGGAACUUUGGCCAUAGAAGUUGUGAGAAGAACUGGAUGCAGAUACACUGGCAUCACAUUAUCUAUUGAACAGCUUAAAUAUGCAGAAGAGAAAGUGAAAGAAGCUGGACUUGAGGACCGGAUCACCUUUAAGCUCUGCGAUUAUCGUCAACUAUCUGAUGCUCACAAAUAUGAUAGAAUCAUAUCUUGUGAGAUGCUAGAAGCAGUUGGCCAUGAGUUUAUGGAGAUGUUCUUCAGUCGCUGUGAAGCUGCGCUUGCAGAAAACGGUCUAAUGGUCUUGCAGUUCAUAUCGAUACCCGAAGAGCGUUACAAUGAGUAUAGACUAAGCUCAGAUUUCAUUAAGGAAUACAUAUUCCCAGGUGGAUGCCUUCCUUCCUUAGCAAGAGUUACUUCUGCCAUGUCCUCUUCUUCUAGGCUAUGCAUUGAACAUGUUGAGAAUAUUGGAAUUCAUUACUACCAAACAUUGAGAAUGUGGAGGAAGAACUUCUUGGACAGACAAAAGCCAAUCAUGGCUCUAGGAUUUGAUGAUAAGUUCAUAAGGACAUGGGAGUAUUAUUUUGAUUAUUGCGCAGCUGGUUUCAAGACUCUUACCCUUGGAAACUACCAGGUGGUGUUCUCGCGUCCAGGGAACGUAGCUGCAUUCGCUAAUUCAUACAAGGGAUUUCCUUCCGCUUAUUAUGUCGCCUGAGAGCAAAAAGAUUACAUUGCUUACUUCUCGAUCUUUUUAUACAAUCAAUCUGAAAAACUAUGAUUGCUUAUUUAUUGUGUUGAAUGUGAAAGUUUGAUGAAUAAAAUAAAAGUUGUUUGCACCCAAAAAAAAA